AUGAAGAAACCGGACGACGCAGAAUAUGAGGACGCCUACAUGAAAGACUCAAUAAAUGAUAUUGGCGUCUUUCACUCCAUGUAUAUUGUGAAUAAAGGAGUGGGUACGAUAUUCAAGCAGAUCCGAAUCGACUUCAUAUCCAUUGACUUUUCUGAAAACAGUUUCUCUGGAAACAUCCCUGAGUCGUCUAUCGGAUUGUUGAAGGGGCUACGCCUUCUAUUAAGUAUGAUGAAGUGGUUUACACAGUUAGAUAGUGGUUUAGUUAGAACCGGCUUGUACCGGAUAGUUUAUGGUAACGCAUUCGCAAGCAACGUACCCUCGUCAUUGGCGAAUUUGAAAAAUCUCGAAGCAUUGGACCUAUCACGCAAUCAGCUGUCCGGACAGAUUCCUAGAGAACUUGGCAGACUAUCUUUUUUGUCAGCCAUCAACUUCUCCCACAACCAUCUCGAAGGUCCGGUACCACGAAGCACGCAGUUUCAAAGUCAGCCUUGUUCUUCGUUCGUGGACAACCCCAAACUAACUGGUCUUGAGGAAAUCUGUGGAGAAAAUCGUGUCCCGGUUCCUAUAUCACAAGAAUCAAAAGAGUUGUUGAAAGGAGAAGAAAAAGUGGUGAACUGGAUCGCAGCAGCAAUCGCCUUCGGACCUGGUGUCUUCUGUGGAUGGAAUGCCUUUAUAUUUGAAGCCAAACGAUUCACGGCUGUGGAGACCAUGAGCAAAGUUUAUGAAGAAGUGGCUCAAGUGAUCGGUAAGGAUUCAGUGGUGAUGGAAGAGAGGUCAUAUGGAGGGUUUUGUCGGAUAUAUGGUCCCUGGAUGAUGCCAAACUGGUUACUUCGCGCUGGCGGUUAA